AUGGAAUUACAAAACGACUCUAUAAACCCAAGGUCACAACUUGACCUCCUAAAAUCUCUUCGCAUCAAUUACCUCACUACAGACACUCAUUGCAACACCACUCACGGCCAACAAAGAACCGAAGUUUACACUUUUAAAAUGGAUGAAAUUUAUGUCAUGAAAUUCAUCCAUACGAAGGAUGAAGUUUAUGUGCAAGCAACUGAUGCGGAAAACGGUAUUUAUAACGAUUCAUUCAAUAUGGGGGAAAGUUUUAUUCAUGCCAAAAUGCUUAAAGAUGCAGCGGGUGGUGAUAUCGAUGAAAAACAAAAAAAGGAUAGCGUUUUUAUGGAAAAUGUUUACGUAUUGGAGCGUACUGAUCAAAUCAUCGAAUUGGAAACCAUCAUAAUGGACAGAGAAACAAGUCAUUCGGAUUUCGUAUUCUAUGUUGAUCGUUUGAUUAGACUGGUAGUUGAAGAGGGUCUCAACCGACUGCCUUAUACAAACAUUGAAAUAGAAACUCCAGCACAUGUAAAAUAUAAGGGUAUUGCCUUCUGUCGAGGAAACUGCGGCGUUUCGAUAUGUCGAGGUGGUGAGGCGAUGGAGAAAGCUUUGCGGCAAUGUUGCAGAUCAGUUCGGAUUGGUAAAAUGUUAGUAGGUGAUGACACAAGAUUGUUAUAUGCUCGAUUGAUGCCAGACAUCAAACAUCGAAGAGUACUACUUUUGUAUCCAUUACUUAGUACAGGUGCCACAGUGAUUAAGGCAGUAUCAGUAUUAGUGGAAAAUGGUGUAAUUGAGGAAAACAUUUUACUCUUAACUUUAUUCGCAGCACCUGCCGGGAUAAAACAAGUUAUAAGUCAGUUUCCAAAGAUAUCCAUAUUGACGAGCGACAUCAACCCGUUGAUACCAUUCUGGUUUACAACUAAAUAUUUUGGCACUGAUUAA